AUGAGCUUCGAGCUUGUUUUCCGCAAUGGCAAUGCACAGCUUGAUGGUAUCGAUUCUGCCUUAUUUGUUUCGAUUAAUAUGAAGUUUGCUGCAUGGCAUAUUCUGCAUGAAUUGGUGGACGCGGAAUCAACAAGGAGAAAACAUUUGUUUGCACCGAACUGUGGUCACAAAACUAAAGUUGACCAGUUCACCGGUGUACAAGAACGGACAAGUCUCAGUUGUCAAUGUGCCGUAAUUAAUUUAUGGCCUUCGAGGAAAACGAACAUUAAAGAAGAAAUUGUAAGAGGUUUACUCAUCAGAUUGAUUUGA